CUGUCCGUCAGCCUCUCACCACCGGAGGAUUGUUGUUGUCAUCAAGAUGGAGUUCUUGUUAGGGAAUCCGUACAGCACUCCCGUUGGCCAGUGCAUUGAAAAAGCCACAGAUGGCUCCCUGCAGAAUGAAGACUGGACACUCAACAUGGAGAUCUGUGACAUCAUUAAUGAGACCGAGGAAGGGCCCAAAGAUGCCAUGCGCGCGGUGAGAAAGAGACUCAACGGCAACAGGAACUUCCGUGAAGUGAUGCUGGCUCUAACUGUGCUGGAGACUUGCGUGAAAAACUGUGGCCACCGUUUUCACGUCCACAUCGCCAACAGAGACUUCAUCGAAGGUGUCAUGGUGAAAAUCAUCACUCCGAAGAACAACCCUCCUGCUAUAGUGCAGGAAAAAGUUCUGGCACUGAUUCAGUCCUGGGCAGAUGCGUUCAGGAGUAGCCCAGACCUCACCGGAGUCGUGCACAUUUACGAGGAGCUGAAGAGGAAAGGAAUCGAGUUUCCCAUGGCAGACCUGGACGCCUUGUCACCCAUCCAUACACCCCAGCGGGGAGUCCCAGAGGUGGAUCCAGGCAUUCACAAGUACAAGGCGCCCACGCAGCCCAACACAGCAUCUCAGGCGACCCCUAAACCUGCAGCUGCUGCGACACCCGACUUAAACCCCAUCCAGAUCCCAGCCGUAGCGGGACCAAUCACAGCAAACCCAGAGCAGAUCGCAAGACUGAGAAGUGAGCUGGACGUUGUGCGCGGGAAUAUUAAAGUGAUGUCAGAGAUGCUGACGGAGAUGGUGCCGGGCCAAGAGGAAGCCUCUGAUCUCGAACUUCUACAGGAGCUGAACAGGACAUGUCGAGCCAUGCAGCACAGGAUAGUGGAGCUCAUCUCUCGCGUGUCUAACGAAGAGGUCACCGAAGAGCUGCUACACGCCAACGACGAUUUAAACAACAUCUUCCUGCGCUACGAGAGGUACGAGAGAUACAGGCUGGGCAGAACAGCACAAAACAAUGGGGUCCUGAAUGAGGCUUCAGAGGAGGACAAUCUAAUAGAUCUGGGUCCUGGUUCUCCAGCCGUGGUCAGUCCUCGGGUCAGCGCUACACCCUCUCAUACACCCGCAUCCACCCUGCAGCCUCCUGCUCCAACUACUGCUCCUGCUCCUGCAAACACAGCCUCCCUCUCCACACAGCUGGCAGGACUUGAUGUGAGCGCAGACAGCGUCAGCGGCACUCUCAGCUCUCUGACCGCUCACAACCCUCAGGAUGACUUUGACAUGUUCGCCCACACCAGGUCCAGCUCUCUGGCUGACCAGCGCAAAAAUGUUAUAUACGAGGAACCUCAGGCUCUGGUUAGCCUGGCGUCUGCUUUAGACAUCAGACAGCAUAAUGCCACUGGGCCGAAUGUAAAAGGUCCUAACGAUGAGUUGGAGCCCAUAGACAGCUGGCUCAUUACCCAAGGAAUGAUCCCCGUACCGCAGUCCUCUGUCAUGGAUGACAUUGAGGAGUGGCUCUGUGCCGAUGUGAAAGGGGAAGAGGCAGAAGAAGGAGUCACGAGUGAAGAGUUCGACAAGUUCUUAGCGGAGCGGGCGAAAGCCGCGGACAAGGCUUCACCUCUGGCCGCUGGUGUAGAGACCAGGCCUCCCGUCAGCGCACCCAGCAGCAGCCGCAAGAAGACCGAGCAGACGGAGGACAAUCUCUUUGCCUUGUAGAACUGACGGUUCAGCCCAGCGACCGCAACCAUAUUCCCUCCAACUUCCAAACGCUUGCUGAUCUCUAACACACCUACCGAUGUUCUGCGGCGGCAAGACUUCGGUCUAACAUCCCCCUUCUGAUAGAGCACUGUGAGAAUCCUGCUUCAGUACUGCUUUAACCACAACCUUUAAGCUGAACGGCGCGAUCAAGCGAUGGCUUAAGCCGACAUGUAGCCGCCGGAAUAAGUCUCUUUAGAGAGCUCCUUCUUUUCGAAUGACAGAUGUGCAGUCGGAUAGAGCUGUCUGGUUUCGUAUUUAUUGUUCAGAAAUGAACCAAUGGUCUUAAAGAUCGCC